UUUCGGUCGUUCCCAUCAGCCUCAUCUUUUCUUUUCCUCGCCAACAAAACACCACAAAGGAAUCAUCCAAAUCCAUCGCGGUUUUACAUUCGACAAUUGACCCUGGGCCCGUUGCCUUUCUCCGCUUCACUUUCUUUCACGCAAUUGAUAUCAUUACGACCAUAACAUUCAUUCUUAUCCUCGCGUUCGUCUCCUUUGCCUUUCCUGGUUGUGUACCGCGUUUUCCAUGAACUAUUAUUCGCAUCUUUGACGCCUGGAAUGAGCGGGCAGAUGUGGCCAGCUCUGCUGACAAUAUCCGCAAUCGAUUGAGUAUAAAGCCUCUCCUGCGGAUGAUCCUGAGCCAGAUGCACUCUCGUUUUCAAAUCCACCUGCAACUAUCUAGCCAUUCCUGCGCAUAGACCCGACUCGUUCCACCGGCUGCUGAGCGACCUGCCUGGAACCCCCCACCAUAAGCGCGCAGUUCCCAAUAGGGCUAUAUCUCUUUUUGUUUCCUUUAUUUUCUUAUGGACACAUCGAUCUUGUGCAGCCGGCUGUUUACCUCACCCGUGUCGAGGCUGAGGAGCCAGAGCUCAAGCCAAAUUGUGCUGCAUGGCCAUCUCGAUAUUCGACAGACCCGGGUCCCUGACUCAACAGUGCAUUCCCAUGCCUAACCUUCAAAAGACUCCUCCGUCAAAGCGGAGCAUGUGGCAUCGAUUUCGGUUUCCAUGGAUGCCAAAGAGCAGCCGCCGUUCAUCCUCCGGCGGAUCUCGAAGUUUUCGUGAUGCCACUUGUUACAAUAAUGAGAACAGCGACGUCAGCAGCCAAAGCGACAACUACAACAACAAUAAUCGUCCCCGGCCAGUAUCGGGCGGAGUUGAAGUGGGCCUGCCUCGCCAUACAACAUUCAAGCGACAGAAUUCGGAACAGCGGGAGCGCCUUUACCCCACUGAAGCAGGAUGUCGUCGAGCGCUUUCCGUGGACGCACGGCGAGCCAGAAGCCGCCAUCGAACUCGAUCACCACCGCCAGUUCGCGCCGCACGAUUGUCAGCGCCAGAGGUGCAAUAUAAUGAUAAGGAUCUCACCAUUCCUUCGUGGGUGGAUAACUCACCGUUACAUGCGCCGAACCAAUAUGAGUAUGGAACUUAUACUGAUGGUACCUUCUCUGUAGAUGGAGAGGAGGCGGAAGACAUGCUGGAGAAGGAGAUGGAUAGUAGAUGGAUAUUGAAUUUGAGCAUGCACUUUCGAGAUCGUUCUGAGCGAGAAAAGUUUUUCGUCACUUACGCAGAGACCCCGAAUAGAUGGCUGAGAGUUACCGUAUCUUGCGAUUACCGAAAUGCCGAACCAGAGUCCCUGGAACGGGACCUCAAAAAACUAUACUACCAACGGGACAAGAAUGCUCGGAUAUACGAAUCGAUCCGUGACUCUCUGCCUGAAAUCCAGUUCUAUGACACCGUCACCAACCUCAGAUUAGAAACCAGGGAGGGUCGGCUUCAUGUUCACGUCACCGAGGAUAUGAAUGAGAUCAUUCCUUAUCCGCCGAUAUCUACCAUUGAAUAUCUGGGAUUGGAUUUGGUCCGCGAGAGCGACCUUUCCUUUGUUUCUCAUUUGUCUGGAUUUGCUUACCAAGUGAAACUAGAUGGGAAGGAUUACGUGAAGAAAGAAAUUCCAGGGCCGGAUAUGGUCAAUGAGUUUCUCUAUGAAAUUAACGCUCUUCAUUCCUUGAUCGGUUCCCGAAGUGUCAUCCAGCUUAAAGCUAUCGUUGUGGAUGAUGAUAUGUUUACCACCAAAGGUCUUUUAAUCAACUUCGCAAAAAGGGGUUCCUUGGUCGAGUUGAUCUACGACUAUAAAGGAACUAUUGAAUGGUCCAGGAGAACUCGUUGGGCCCGACAAAUUAUCGAAGGCCUUGCCGAAAUCCACGAAGCUGGUUUUGUUCAAGGAGAUCUCACCGUGUCGAAUAUCGUCGUUGACGCCAAUGACGACGCAAAAAUUAUUGAUAUCAAUCGGAGGGGUUGUCCCGUGGGGUGGGAGGCUCCGGAAUUUACGAAGCUACUACAAAGCAAGCAAAAGAUAUCAAUGUACAUCGGGGUUAAGUCUGACCUAUACCAGCUAGGGAUGACGCUUUGGGCGCUCGCUAUGGAAAUAGAUGAACCUGGCAGCCAGCCUCGACCAUUCAUCAUCCCAAUCGAUAUGAAAGUUCCUGACUACUACCGAACCAUUGUUGACAUUUGUCUAAGUACAAGUCCUCAAAAACGACUUCCAGCCAAAGAAUUACUUGGCUUAUUCCCUCAGGAUUCAACGAUUGUACCCCAGGAGCUUGCAGCGAGCAGCUUAGAGGCUCUGGUACUUCCUCCGGUGGAAAUUCCAGAUGAUUGCGGAUACCAGGAUAAUAGCCCUUCUAUAUGGAAUCACGAAUACCUGGAGCAACCUGCUAACGAUAUUAAAUUGACUAGUGGACCCAAAUCGCUACGUGACUCGGAAGACGUAAUAUUCUUCGAUCCGUGCAUCGAUCACGGGCCGCAACGCUUCCCUUCGGAAUUCAGAGAGCUGAAUGGACAAUUUGGAGAAUUCCAUAUUGGGGACAAUCCACUUGAGUUUCCUACUAAAGAGGGUAGUAUCGAACUGGAAUCCCCCUCGAGGGCUGGUCUAUGCUCAGAAAUGCAUAACACUCUAGCGUUUGAAAGUUCGUUGGACGAAAUAUACUCAGGCGUCAAACCGCCUAUCUCGUGUGGUAUUAGGUGCAAUAUAAUGAUGCCUAACGACCAGAACAGCGAACCGCAAUUACGUGAGGAACUUACCCCCUCCCAUGAUGGCGUUGAGAGCGAUGGACAGAAAAUAUACCACAUCCCUACUGAGGUCGUCGAAAUGACUGAGCCACUAGUGCAACAUACACCCUUUUCCCAAAGCUUCUCAAGUAUCUUGCUUGAGUCGUCGUUACCCAUAAAUCCUGCAUUCCCUCUUUCAAUUGUACCAAAGGAUAUCAGGCAUUCAAAUCCAGAUUCUGAGGUCCCAACUCCCACAGAAAUGAAUUCCCCGGAUUCCCUAAUGGACUCUUCCAGGCAGCAGGAUACCGGAAGUGGGCGUGGUGAUAGCCUGCUUAUAUCGAAAUUGCCCAUUAACCCAGCUUUUAAAGACCCCUCUGAACUAGAACAGCAGGAUGACGUGCCCAUUGAGUUAGAGCUGUCAGUGAACCUGGCUGUCAGCUCCCCUGAGCCAGUGAAGCAGGAUGAUCUACUUUUUACAUCAAAACUACCAAUUAACCCGGCCUUUAAGGAUUACCAUCUUGAACAAGAACACAAUAGCCAUUCAUUUUGUUCCAAUAUUAUUCUGGAUGAAGGCCCCUCAAUCCCCUCAUGGCCGGAUACUCCCGCCCUUCAAACAGACUUCAUUGGGCAACAUAACUCUCGGACGGACGACCUUUUUGUAUCAAAGCUGCCAAUUAACCCGGCUUUUAAGGACUUCCAUUUUGAGCAAGAACCGUGGAAUAGCAGUUCAUUUUGUUCCAAUACUAUUCUGGAUGAAGGUCCCUCAAUCCAUUCAAAGGCCGGAUACCCCAGCCCUUCGAUCAGAGCUAACUUCACCACAUAACUCUCGGGCGGACGACCUUUUGUAUCUAAGCUGCCAAUUAACCCAGCUUAUCAUACAGUUUUAGGAAUCCCCCUGAAACUUCCAUUCUCUCUCGGGAUUCCAAGGAGUCUCCAGUGAUAUCCCCUAUGGUAUAUGUUCUUUCUAACCCGAAAGAAAUUUCAAGGCCACAACGGUAUGAAACUGGUCAUUCUGGAGACCUUUUCCAAUCGGAAUUGCCGAUUAAUCCGGCCUCUAAGGAUCCUGUCCAACGAGAACUUCCAACCAACUAUCCUGACAGAGCUCUGACGGUGUUCUUUGAUACCCGAGAGUGCCUAGUGAGGAAGUUACAACAACCCUUAGCAAACAUAUUUGUCUCAUAGGCUGCCAAUUACUCGGGAUUUCCCAUCUUGCAUUUUCUUUCCCAUUCGUGAAAGGAUGGGUACGGACGCUACAACCAACCCAUGUUUUUGCCAACAAUUGAGCCAGCUCGACUAAAACCCAAGGUUCCACUCCUCGUCCUACUCAACAAACUUACCUGAGAGGAACCGUUACGUUACAGGAUUCUUUUAUUGUCCAUCCAACGGGUGGAAACGUCAGCUAUGCUCUGUUCCAUGUACCACUCUACCAACGUUACUCAGUUACUCAGUUCCGACUUUCUGUGUUCUAGCGUUUAACACUCUACAUUUCCAUUUCGGCAACGAACCCAGUUUUAUUUAACGACAGCAUGUUUAGACACAUUGGUUUGAAGAAAAUUUUUCCGAUGUUUGGGAUGGUAAGGGGUCAAUCAUAGUUUUACUUUUGUUAAUUUGUUUGUGAUUUCAUUCCGAUUUUAUUUUAUUUUUUGGUCCUUGGACUUAGUUUGCGUUGCAGCUUUUCGUUCCGAGGCACAACCGUUUUGGCUUCCGGCGAGGGUUUAUUUUUACGUACAAAAGCAUUGUUGAUUGGUACCUGAAUGUUUGGCAAAAUCUUUAUUGUGUUCUUAUUCUUUAGUUACCCCACUUGUUUCUUGAUGUACUGUACUUUCUACCUUCUUUGUUUUCUUACUUUGACAAUGCGGAGUUUUCCCUGGCGUUUUGACAGUAACGUGUUUCUUUUCCCGUCGAAAUAAAAAAAAUUCCCUUACAUCGCUUUUGUAUCUUUUGAUAUUUUUCGCAAGUUCUAGGCUUUCUCAUGCAUGGUUUGUCACUUCUUAUUGUUUUUGCACGCCCUUUUCCGGAAUCCAAUCACGCCCCUGGCAGACGAGUCCGGGGGAUCGCUCCAUUCCACAAAAAGUGGGAAUAACCUUCGCUUUGGGCGCGAGCCGUGAAAUCGCCUGUAGGAUCCCUGUGAAUGCACAUCAUCAUUAUUAUCAGGAAUGGUGAUACAAUUUGCUCUUCUUCCAACGCACCAUCAAGUUCCCGGCUCCCCCCCACUUUAAUCCAAAGCGGAACUGAUUCCACCGAACACCCACGACUACAUCUAGACUCCUAACGCUACACAACUCAUAUUACAAUUCCCCUUAGUCACAUUCCAAAAUUUGCCUCGUCCAACCCCCGCAUCGUCGGACGAAUAACGGGUGUCGGCCGCCCUCAAUUAUCAUUUCCCGGAUCCUUGCAGCUUUUCGUGCUGUCAAUCUCUAUCCUCCCCUCCUCCCAUCCAGUUAUUCAACAACGUGGUGAAUCUUUUCAAAAUUCGACAGAUCGAUGUGCUGUCCUCCGAGUGAUACCCUUCCAAUGAUUCUUUCAAGUGCUAUUUACCUUUCUCCAUAACGAUAACCAAACAUUUUAAACUAGCCAUUCUCGAGAUUGGGCCUUUCGCCUUCACUCUGUUGCCUUCUUCGUUUAUUCACGUUCAUGUUUCUCCUCUCCUCUUUCUUUCUGUUUUCGUUGGAUUUGUCUUUUUUCCCUUUUUUUUCUUUUUCUUUUCUUUUUUUUUUUUCCCUUCCUGUUUUCAUCGCCGGUAGCAAUUGCCGUGCAAGAUUUCACGAUAUUAUGAGCUAUGACAUUUUUAUAUUUUCAUUCGCAUUUUUAACCAAUUUUUAAUAAGAUCUGAAGCUAUUUUUUUCCAUUUUUUUUUUCCAUUUCAUCUCUCUCACCCCAUUUUAUAUACCUUCUGGUUACUGAAACGACGCUUUUGUCAUGGAACCGACAUUUCGUUCGGAGAGAGAAAGAAAGAGCCUAACCUUCGACAGCGCGGGACAAAGCUCUUAUGGAUAUCUGUAUUUAGGAGCUAUGAUUGAAAGUUAUAGUAUGAAGAUUGUAGUCAGACAAUCUUUUUGUAUGAAAUAUGAAUUCUUCCAUGCGACGGGAUUCAAGGUCUGGACCUACCAACCAGAGCCGUAAACUGCAUUUCCCACAGCAAUCUGUGUAUUGGAAGCCCCAUUGCUUGGGUUCAGAUGACUUCUGUCCAGCCAGUACCUUUUGCAUGAGAUAUUUCUGUCGGACUAACAGUGCCACAGAGAUGGUGCACACAUAAAUUAGGCAUUAGACCUCACUUUCAUUUUGCCCCUGACAUUCUAACUCGGAUAAUAAACCCGUUGACACGGCGUACAGCGAUUGUGUAUAAAUGUCCGACAUAAUCGCUGUCUAGACACUAUAGUUAUCGGGUUAAGCCAUAAUUACUCAUCCGCUAAAUAUCUCCCGGCACGAAGGAAGUGAAGAAGUGGAAAAGUCCGCUUCCCUCAGCUGCUAACAGUAAACUUAAGUAAAAGGUUGAUAUGGGGCAUCUAUCCAAACUCUACUUCCAUAUACAUACACCCCGGUAUAUUUCACUGCCCGAAUCCGCAAACAUCCCAGCGCCACAAUCAAUUUCCUCAAUGAAAAAAUAUAGCGAAUUUGCGGUCAAUAGAGGAAGUAGUAAGAGGGGGGAAUCGAAUAGCAAGAAGAAAAAGCCCAGGAAUAUCGUCAUUUGGGAAUAUCCGCUCAGAACGAAAUAUGUAGAGACAAACCAUAAAAGGAAGACAAGAACGAGAAUGUAAACAAAGAAAAUAAAGGAAUCAAGAUAUACAUCUGCAAACGGUACAUCAUGUACACCCAUCAAUAAAGGGGAUUAUAUAUUCUGGAAAAUUAGACGCCGGCCGAAAGGUUCCCUUGAGUAAAGGAAGUUAUAAACAGAACGUAUAAUUAACCGUAGUAGCCUGG